CAGCUGGACGCCUCUCACUUCCGGUUCAACAUGGCGGCAUCCAUAGCAUCCCGGGCAGUUUCUCGAGCGCUUCGCGGAACUGCGACCGGACCGUUAUUUCGCAACAGAAAUCAGCUGGCAAGAGUGAGCCCCAGACGAUGGCUGAACCUUCAGGAGUACCAGAGCAAGAAGCUGAUGCAGGAGUGCGGAGUGGCCGUCCAGCGCUUCUUUGUUGCCGAUACUGCUGCCGAGGCCCUGGAGGCUGCCAAAAGGCUAAACGCGAAAGAAAUCGUUCUGAAGGCUCAGAUCCUGGCAGGGGGCCGAGGCAAAGGUGUGUUUGACAGUGGCCUGAAAGGUGGAGUGCACUUAACCAAAGACCCGGCGGUGGUGCAAGAACUGGCCAACAAGAUGCUCGGAUUCAACCUGACCACGAAGCAGACGCCGAAAGAGGGCGUCAAGGUCAACACGGUGAUGGUGGCUGAGGCUCUAGAUAUCUCCAGGGAGACGUAUUUUGCCAUCCUGAUGGACCGCUCGUGUAAUGGACCCGUGAUGGUGGGCAGCCCGCAGGGGGGAGUGGACAUUGAGGAGGUGGCGGCCAAAACACCAGAGCUUAUCUACAAGGAAGUCAUCGAUAUUUUCAAAGGUGUUCGAGACGACCAGGCGCUGCGCAUGGCAGCUAAUUUGGGCUUCAAAGGGCCACUGGAGAGGCAGGCUGCAGAUCAAAUUAAGAAGCUGUACGAUCUCUUCCUGAAAGUCGAUGCCACUCAGGUGGAAGUGAACCCACUUGGCGAGACUCCCGAAGGACAAGUUGUGUGCUUUGAUGCCAAAAUCAACUUUGAUGACAACGCCGAGUUCCGACAGAAAGACGUCUUUGCCAUGGACAACACGGCUGAGAACGACCCCAUGGAGACCGAGGCAGCCAAAUACGACCUCAAGUACAUCGGCCUGGAUGGCAACAUCGCUUGCUUUGUCAAUGGUGCUGGCCUUGCCAUGGCGACAUGUGACAUCAUCGACCUGCAUGGUGGGAAACCGGCAAACUUCCUGGACCUGGGAGGAGGAGUGAAGGAGAACCAGGUGUAUGCAGCUUUCAAACUGCUCACUGCUGAUCCCAAGGUGGAGGCCAUCCUGGUGAAUAUUUUUGGCGGGAUUGUGAACUGUGCCAUCAUCGCGAAUGGCAUCACAAAGGCCUGCAGAGAGCUGGAGCUCAAGGUGCCCCUGGUUGUCCGGCUGGAAGGAACCAAUGUGCAGGAGGCGAAGAGGAUUCUGUCUGAGAGCGGGCUACCCAUCACUGCAGCUAGCGACCUGGAUGACGCAGCCAAGAAAGCAGUGGCUGCCAUCACCAAGAAAUAACACACACACACACACACACCGCCUUCAUUGAGCCUAUUCUUUACCCCAUACGUCCAUGCAGACCUGUCUGUCAAUCAAACAGCAGGCUCCUCCUACAUUAGAUUCAUGAAGCUCUCUUCAGAUUAUCAUCAUCAUUUGAUUAAACUCAACAUUAUCUUAGUUUUUGACAAAACCAGACCAUGUUUAGGACCGAACUCGUCCCUCGUCCCUUACACCGGUCACUCUCUAUAUAUAAUCCUUUCACCCGUUUAAUUAAAGUGCCUCCACUCCUCA